AUGGCCACAGAGACCAAAUCUAGUGGUGGGAUGAAAUUCAAGUCUAGUGGCGAUGGGUCAUCAUCAUCAAAGGUCAGGAUUGAUUCGUCUGUCAACAAGAAGAAAGUUGUAGAGAAAUCCAUCUCCAAAUCUGAGCUAAAAACGAAAGCAACAUCAAGUUCAUCAAAGACUGUCAACAAAACAGUGACCAAAACCAGAGAAAAGAAAGUUUUUUCCUUGCCGGGACAGAAAUAUGAUGUCCCUGAAGAGCGAGAUCCGCUGAGGAUAUUCUAUGAAUCAUUAUCAAAGCAGAUACCGUCAAGUGAAAUGGCUGAGUUUUGGUUGAUGGAACAUGGAAUGCUGUCUCCUGAAAGAGCCAGGAAGGCACUCGAGAAAAAGCAGAGGAAGCAAAAGCAACUUCGGACAGGUACUCCUAUCAAAUCUUCAUCGAUCCCACCUUCAAGUAAACCUGCAAUCUCAAAAAAGCCACUGCCGGCCCCCAAAAGUGGUGAUGCGAAAGCAAAGAAACGGAUAUUAAUUGACAGUGAUGAGGAAGAUGAUUUUGUGCUGAGUCACAAGAGGCGGAAAGGUUUUGAUAGAGCAUAUAUUGAUGAAAAGGGGAGAAGAUUAAGUAUGAAUUAUCUACAUUUAAUGUCAAGUGGACCAUAA